AUGUCAAAACAAACCGACCAUGUAAAGCGUCCAAUGAGUGCCUUUAUGGUUUGGUCGCGAGCCCAAAGACGGAAGAUGGCCCUUGACAACCCUAAGAUGCACAAUUCUGCGAUCAGCAAGUGGCUCAGAGGAGAGUGGAAACUUCUGUCAGACUCAGAGAAAAGACCGUUCAUCGACGAGGCCAAAUGUCUCCGCGCAGUUCACAUGAAGGAACACCCAGACUACAAAUACAGACCACGGCGCAAGCCAAAGAACGGGUAUCAGUAUCAUGUGGCUUAUAACAUUAGAGAGCAGGACGCACUCAAAGGCUUGCUCUCUUUUACCACCUACAGUGUACUAACGAAUCCUGAAAAGACUGCUGCCGCCAUCGGAGUGCUGCUAAUCAGUCACUCUGUGCCAACGACCCCUUACCCUUAUCUGGAUAUAAACUUGAAAACAUCAGAAUUGUUGGCGACUACUUUUCCACACACCUCGCUUGAUUAUUUCGGACAUGUUGUUGCAUUUCCGAGAAUGGGAAUCCUUGGUGCCAUGCACCCCUCCCCGAGCAAUCCUGCUUACAUGAUGCCCUGCAACUUUCCCGUGUGGAUGGCCUCUACUCCUCACACUCCUCCUUCAGCUUUUGUGGUUUUGAUAAAUAUGAUGCGCAAGACUCUGCACGAACUUUACUCUGCAUUUGCAGCAGCCUUAUGA